GCGUGGUACUUACUAUGCCCGGACUUCUGUCAUUUUAUGCGUCCAAAACGCAUGCACUCAGCCCCUAUUUCCCCGCCAGUGUAUACGACCGAUUGAUCCCUGAGCUGGUUCCUAAAUGGCCAAGCUUAUAUGAUGAGAUAUUUUUUUUCCGAUUCCGCGACCCAUUUCAUUGUGACUCAUCGCCGGGUCUGUGAUGUAGGACGGAAGUAUUUUCAUAAAAUUUGGAGUUUGGAGUUUGGAGUUUGUAUUUCAAAUUUUACACUUCAAGGACUUUAAGUCUGGAGUGAAAAUGAGCCAAACCAACGUACCCGAAGACGUCAAAGAACGCAUCAAAGCGUCCUACGACACUAUCGCACCGAAAUAUAACGAAUGGACGGUGAAACACAUUCCUCUGCGGCAGGAGUAUGCAGCAAAAGUCUUUGGGUUUCUAUCUGCUUCAGGUUCUUCGCAACAACCCCGCUUCCUCGAGCUCGGCUGCGGCGCUGGACUGCCCAUCACACAAAAGCUUCUAUCGUGCCCAGAAGCUCAUGUUACUGCUAAUGACAUAUCGACCACCCAGAUCGAACUUGCAAGGAAUAAUCUACUCGGGGCUGCAGAAGAAAAUGCUGGAAACUCGGGACGUUUGACUCUCAUCGAGGGAGAUAUGACAAAGCUCUCAUUUGCCGACCAAUCCUUCGAUGCUAUAUUAGCCUUCUACAGCUUGAUACACCUCCCUCGUACAGAACAGACCGAGAUGAUUGGAAAGAUUGCACGGUGGUUGAAGCCAGGCGGCUACCUAGUUGCCAACUUUGCUGAUAGUGACAUGGAGGCAGUUGUAAGGGAGAAAUGGCUUGAUAAGAAUGACUGGAUGUUUUGGAGUAGCUGGGGUAAAGACGAGACGUUGAAAAUAAUAGAGGAAGCCGGAUUGAAAGUCGUAGUCAGCGACGUAAGGAAGGAUGAGGUUAAUUCUUCGUUUCUUUGGGUCGUUGGGAAGCGAUAAUGUGAUUUAAGGAUGAUAUUGCUCCUAUCUAUUGGCGGCUUUUUAGUCUGUGAUUUGGUAGGAAGUUUUGCGCUGCAUUUUAUCAUCCGAUGUACCUAACGAACGAACUAUGAUCUGUUUUAUUCUUAGGUAGUUUCCCCAGCUCCAAACUUUGAAGGAGCCGUGGUUAAGCCCUAUAUAAUUAGUAAUGAUUGUAUUGGCCUUGUAGUGAUGAUAUGAUAGCAUUUAGGCUAACCUCCUAUAAAUUAUUUAUCAAACUUUCAAAUUCGAAUCGUCUCCAGUUAUAUUCCGGUAAUCUUUUUGUUGAUGGCAUGACGGCUCAUGUAAGAUAACUUUAGCUGAGGAGAAGAAAAGGGGCGUUGUUAAUUGUCGUAUAUU